GGAAGAGGGAGAGUCAACGAGAGGGGGGGGGGGGGGGGAUGAUGUCAUAGUUUUAAGUCUGUGCCAUAGAAGAAGCAGAUGGAUGCAGCCUUCCUCCUUUCCCUUCGAUCCCGUUUCCAUUUCCAUCGCCAACAUCAGCAUCAACAUCAGGACCCAUCGAGGACAACGAGAGACAAACCGCAGAAGGAGAAUCUGCGGUGAAAGGAGUCUGUCUGCAGGUGGAGGAAACAAAACGGAAAAGCCUCCUGUGGGCUGGAUGUAAGCGGAUCAUCAACCGAAAGAGAAGUCCAAUGUAGACGGGAUAUGGACCCAAAUAUCGGAGCAAGCACCGGGCCAGUCCUCUUUCCUGGCUUUAUUCUGUAUUAUGAGCAGACGGCUGUGUGGAGGAGCUAGUCCUGCCCAGAAAGGAGGAGGAGUAGGAGAGACACACACCGAAGGGUGUCGACGGAGAGAGGCAGGGGAAGAGGAGAAGAGAAGAGGAGGGGAGGAACGGAGGAAAAAAUAAUAGAGUAAUAUUUCAAGCUUCCAAUAAUGGCGGCUAAAUCGGACGGGGUCCUGAAGAUGAAGAAGAGCGACGUGGCCUUCACCCCCCUGCAGAACUCGGAUCACUCCGGCUCGGUGCAGGGGCUCCACCCGGGCGCCCAGCCCGACUCUGCGGGCACCGGGGACGGGGACUUCGCCAACGGGGAGUCGCGGUGCUGCGGCGGGGGAGGCUCCAACUCGACGUGCCUUCGCCUGGGCAGGGAGCAGCAGAAAUACACGGUGUGGGACUGCCUGUGGAUCGUAGCCGCAGUGGCCGUGUAUCUGGCCGAUGUGGGCACCGACGUGUGGCUGUCGGUCGACUACUACCUCCGCCGCGACUACUGGUGGUUCGGCCUGACGCUCUUCUUCGUGGUGCUGGGCUCCUUCUCGGUCCAGCUCUUCAGCUUCAGAUGGUUCGUCCACGACUUCACCACCGAGGACGGCGCGGAACCCGCCGACUGCUCCCACAUGGACGGGAACAAGCUGCUGAGCGGCUCGGCCUCACACGGCGACGUUACCGCUCAACACCACCCGGCCACGCCGCAGAGACAGGCGUCGACCGCCAGCAAGAACACCACGACCAACAGCACCGCGAGCACCGCGCUGGGCAGCAGGAGCAGAAGACGCUCGGCCUACUACUCCUUCUGCGUCUGGUUCGGCCAGUCCGUCAUCCACAUCCUCCAGCUGGGCCAGAUAUGGAGGUAUUUUCAUACUAUCUACCUGGGCGUUCGGAGUCGUCAGAGUGCUGAGACCGAGCGCUGGCGUUACUACUGGCGGAUGGUCUAUGAGUUUGCAGAUGUGAGCAUGCUGCAUCUUCUGGCCACCUUUCUGGAGAGUGCUCCACAACUGGUGCUGCAGCUGUGCAUCAUCAUACAGACACACAAGCUCCAGGCUGUGCAAGGAAUGACAGCUGCAGCCUCCCUCGUCUCUCUGGCCUGGGCCCUGGCCUCCUACCAAAAGGCCCUGCGAGAGUCUCGAGACGACAAGAAGCCCAUCAGCUACCUGGCUGUCAUGAUCCAGUUCUGCUGGCACUUCUUCACGAUCGCUGCGAGGGUCAUCACCUUCGCCCUGUUUGCCUCUGUGUUCCAACUCUACUUUGGCAUCUUCAUUGUCCUGCACUGGUGCAUCAUGACCUUCUGGAUUGUCCACUGUGAGACAGACUUCUGCAUCAGCAAGUGGGAGGAGAUUGUGUUUGACAUGGUGGUGGGCAUAAUCUACAUCUUUUCCUGGUUCAACGUCAAGGAGGGACGGACCAGGUGUCGGCUUUUCAUCUAUUACCUGGUGAUUCUGGUGGAGAACGCUGCUCUCAGUGCCCUGUGGUAUCUCUACCGGUCGCCUCACACCACUGACGCUUUUGCAGUGCCAGCACUCUGCGUCAUCUUCAGCAGUUUCCUCACCGGUGUGGUUUUCAUGCUCAUGUACUAUGCCUUUUUCCACCCCAACGGGCCGCGCUUCGGCCGCUCGCCGAGUGGCCAGGGUCUCGACCUCGACCCCACGGCUCAGUUCUCCACACUACCGUCUGAAGGUGCCACCAACUCUCUACGUUCCAACCGAGGUGCCACCUCAACCCUGGAGCGUGACACGAGCAAGUAUUCCGAGCGGGACGGCUGCAUGCCAGUUUUUCAGGUGCGACCCACAGUGCCAUCCACGCCAUCGUCUCGCGCGCCACGCCUCGAAGAGACCGUCAUCAAAAUCGACCUCUGUAGGAACCGCUAUCCAGCCUGGGAGCGCCACGUCCUCGACCGAAGUAUACGCAAGGCGAUCCUGGCCAUAGACUCCUCGCUGACUCCUCCACGGCUGCAGUACAAGGAUGACGCUCUGGUGCAGGAGAGGUUGGAAUACGAGACCACGUUAUAGUUCCACCCUGCUCUCGGAACCCAGAAAGGGGUUCGACGGUCAGAGGAUUAUCCUGCUAUCACAACAAAACAGCAACAGGGACUGUGGCAAUAAGAAUUUGUUACUACCAACAAUCUCCCUUUUCAUCUCUCAUUCCCCUUAUUUCUUUUUCCAUUCCUCGGCAUCAGAGCCCACCCAGGAGCAUUCAACCCUGGGUGAUAUAACCCUGGGGAGUGAUCGGAGGAGUAAUUUGGCACAAGUCCAGUCAAUGUCACCGGAUGUGUUUGGGUUCUUGGAAGGGUUGUUGCUGUUAUUUUUUUACUUCCACUCAUCAGGGAAAUCCUGUCUGAUAUGGACUAAAUGCAAUAGAGUGCUUCGACACUCUGCUCAGACCGUACGAAAAGCUGGUUAAGGUUGGGAAAGUUAAAGAUAAAAUACUCCAUCUAGACGAGUUUUAAGUCAUCUGAUAUUCUACAAUAACAAUUACAAUUACACAGAAAUUCCCCUAAGGAAAGGAAACGAUUCCUUAUUCAUCCGUAGAAACUUCUAACGGACAUAUCUGUCUUAAUGUGCUGGUGACUUACCGUUUGGAAGUUCUGAAGAUGUGAUCCCAUAGCAGCCACAACUGGGUUGGUACUUCCAUCGGUAUCUACAUGAUGACACUCAUUCACUCUUAGUGCCAAAAAAGGUUCCUUGGAAAUGUCCUCCAGAUACUGAGGAGAAACACCUCGUGCCAGGUUCAGACUACAUGAUAUCGUUGAUAUGAUACGUUGAGGCGUUGGUUAAGAUUGGGAACGACAACGGGCGUUCGGCGCGACAGUCGAUGGUUUUAUCCCGUUUAGUGUGUCAUAGUACGACAACUGACGCAGCAUCUGGGACGCCACAGAGUGUCUCGACAGAAAGAUUAGCAUGUUAGAAUUAUUUUUUUUUUUGCUUUCCAAGACAGGUUCCUUCAUCUAGUCCUGUUUUUACAUCGACACGGUUUCUUUAUUCACCCAGAAUCAAUUUCUAACAUUAGCCAAGGUCCUAAGUGGUAUGGCUUUUGAUGGUAAUUGUCAGUUUUUAUGUUAAUUUAAGAAAAAAAAUACAAUGUUUUAUUAUAAUAAAGAGGCGCGGUUUACUUUGUAGGCUGUGAAUUUGUGUUACUACAUUAUCACAUAACAGUGAUAUAACAAAAAGUAUCAAAAGUAUCCUUGGAUCCAUUCACAACUUUAAUUUCUUUGCAAAAGUAAUACAUAAAUACUUAUUUUUAAAUUUGACUGAAAGAGACAAUUAUAUCAUUAAUGGAAAUGAUUUCUGAAACAAUUAAUAAAAGUAAAAUUUGGACUCUCUACCCUUAUGUUUGUGACUCAAUGGCCAAUGUCGCCAAGAAAAAGAGGAAUGGUGUUGUUGGUGCUGCGGUUGGAACUGGCUUUUUUUCUGACACAUGAGACAGCCAGCAUCAUACACACCGCCAUUGUUCCUUUUCAUUCUUGUUCCCAGCAUCUCCUUCCGAUGACAUCACAGGCAUUGUGAAAGACGGCAAGCUUUGAUUGGUCAGGGCACCAAAGUGUAGUCUGUCAUGUCUCUCAGCCUCGUCCUGGCAAUGAUUUAUGACUCGCUUAAUCUGACACAGUGAGAAUUGUUAACGGACAAAAAUAUGGUGUAGUCUGAACCCGGCAAUAGAAAUGGCUCAGAACUCCAAAAUGUUCUUCUCUGGCCUGGACGUUUCAUUCCUCUUGGAUAAGCAUGGUCUACACUUUCAGACAGAAAGUGAACUACAUGAAGACAGUGGUCAAAGUAGCAUCUAUACUCAGUGUUCUGUUUGGAUGAAAUCCACCAAACCUGGCAGGAAGGACGGAUAUGGAGCUAGAAAGAAGGGGUGAAAGCUGGACAGAAGCAACCUCACUGUCUUUUGUCCCAUAAAGAAAUAAGUCAAACUCCACAAUGCCAAGAAAAAAAUCUUCCUGGCAGCUCAACGCAACUAUUUGCAGUCCAGCCUCACAGACCUGGCUGUGCAGUGAUACUGAUCUUUGCUUGUCUGUGGAGGCUAAAGUGGGGGAGAGAGCAGACAAAACAAGCAAAACGCCAGACGGCAAUGAAAAGGAGGAUGAUUGGAGGACAGGAUGACGCAGGAAAUGUAAAUGAGUCUAAGAUGGAGAAGAGAAAAAGGCGGACAAGCAGCCGUCUCAGCCAAACUCAAACCAAGCACCAGGAUGUACAGUUCUCUGAUACAACAUGCAGCAUUUUUUACUUUAGAGAUGAUGUAGAGGGUACUGAAGUCAUUGUUGUGUUUUUAUGUGUGUGGCGUGUGUGUGUGUGUGUGUGUGUGUGUGUGUAUGUGUUGGCAAUAGGCAACAUUUUGACUUUAAAUCUGCUUGUUCUUUGAAAAACACACACGUCACCUCCUUGGGAAUUUAUUUUUCCAGCAGCUUUUUAACAUUGUUACACCGAGCCACACAGCACAAGUUACCAUGGUGCUGGUAGUGUCCACUCGUUUUAAAAGGAAAUGCUAACAAAGUGAUUUCUGGUUAACUGUAGAGCCACUAUAAAAGCUUGAUGUAAGUCCACCGUUACCAUACCACAUAUCAUGGUCUGAGAAGGAUUACUGACGAAAUUACUGACGCCAGCCAUUUUCAAUGAUGGGCCGUCAAAUGCAGGAAAAAGACAAAACAAAAACAAUGGUGGGUGCAAGUAGCAAUUUUGUUUUUUAUUCCAACAGAUAUCGGUCCCUUUCACUAAACUCAGCACAAGCCAUGUCAAAUCAAAGAAGGCACAGUGUUUCUUUGUCGCUCGUGUAAUGGGUAGCCUAGUCAGUGCUGUAACUCGGGGCCAGAAGAUACUGGAUAUCAUAAAUGACACGACUCUGUCAUGUCAAUCCUGUGUUUUUGCCACUUUUCCUCUGUGAGGACACUAACCCUUGAGUAUUCCUGUACCCAUAUGGACACAGACAGAAAGAGUUUGCCUUUUAUAAUUAACAAAGGGAAAGAAACGAGAGGAGUACAUUUGGAUAUAAUAGUUGAUGGAGGGAUUAGGGCAGCACGGAUGGUAAGCUCUGCAGAGAGAGCUGAAGGGGAGAAGACUUAAUGACAGCGAGCUGGACUAUCGCUAAGCUUUGGCUCUGACCAAAGUCCUUUUUGAAGUAGAUUAUAACAUUGUAGCCAUCCUGCUAUACAGUUAUUUUCAAGAUUCUUCCCAUUAAUGUCCAAGUUCCAUCACAUCAAGCCAAGAUCAGAAGCGGGAUAUGGAUGUGCUGGAUAAGACGGUACCUGAUGAUGAUGAAACAGGAAAAUGUCUAAAGCUGCUAGCGGCAACUACUGUACAGGCAAGGUCUUAAACAACAUAGCGACAGCGGUGCUAAAAAAGGUUACGGUUUGUGCUGAUGAUGGUGUCACCAUCAGCGUUGUUCUGCUGGAGACAUUGAAAUCAUUAGAAACUGUCAUUCAAUCCAGACAUUUGUUUUUCAAGAGACCUUGACAUGCUCACAUGUCUUCUUUUUGUUCACAACGCAAAGAUUUUCAGUUGACGGUCACAGAGUAGUGUCACAUUCAAGAAGCUGAAAUAAGAGAAUUCUUUAUUUAUUUAUUUUCUUCAAAAAUGACUCCGUUCUUUGCAGCUCUCAAACGACGAUCGAGUCAAGGCCAUGCUAUUUGUGGCUUUUACAAUUUAAAAUGUCUGCCCAAAAGAAAGGUUUCAGGUUGUGUUUCUUGAUUUAUGUCAUAAGUGCAAAGCCUUUCUUUUUUUCUAAUGACGGCGUGAAGAGAGAAAAGCACAAAACGAGUCAAAGGGAUAAUCAUGGCAUGAGACUGUAAACAUUGUCAUCCUUAACCAAACCAGCCCCAGGCGUACUGAGCUGUUCUGACCUCAGCUUUUCUUAUGUUGUAUGAAGUCUGAAUGCUGUCGCAGGUACUUACACUUAAUGUCCAAAACUUAAAUAUAGUGAUCGUCUUCUUCCUUUGGUUACAAAUAAAUCUCGCACUAAACAAAGGAUUGGUGCUUAGCCCGCAGACUACAGAAAGAACCAGAGGGAUGUGUUUCCAUGAUCCACUUUUUGGGCAAAACAUUUGCAUAUUCCAGCUAUUAUUUGUGGGUUUCUCAUAAGUUUAAACAACUUAUGUUGGUUUUCAUGAUAAUUCUGUUUAGUUGAUGUUUGCCAAGUCCAAAAUGUAUUGCCUUGUAGUAUCUUUGUUGCUCUGUUCAUAAGCACACAAAUAUGUUCUGUCAGAGACACACUUCCAAGGACCAUACCAUCAGUUUUGCAUGGUUUAGUCACGUCACAAGUACUUUACGUCACAGCAAAUCAUUUUCUAGUUUUCUAAGAAGGCCGUCAUUUUUCAUGCAAUUUCAAUACAGUACAACACUAUUGCUCAAACGGUUUAAUCAAGUGAACAUCAUCCAUAUUCAUUUUACUGAAUGCAGGGCAGACGUUUCAAAUCUAUCUGCAUGUACAGUAAACCGCAUGACGUACCAUUCCACACUGUGCAGAAAUGAAUGGGAAACCAAUGGAGGCCUGGAACUGUGGGCUAAUUACAUUAAAAGCAUCUAAAAUAUGAAAAUGUUCGUAAAAAAUAUAAGUAACAUGUAGUUGGAGCUCAAAUGUGCAAACACGGUGGUAUGGUUCUUUAAGUUUGUUUUUAUUUUUUUUUAUGUUUUUAUCAUGUUUCCAAGUGUCUUAUUCUUUCAGUUAACUUAAAUACGUACUGUUUAGGCUUAUUAAUUUGCCUUGUGUGUGUGUGUGUGUGUGUGUGUGUGUGUGUGUGUGUGUGUGUGUGUGUGUGUGUGUGUGUGUGUGUGUGUGUGUGUGUGUGUGUGUGUGUGUGUGUUGUGUUCUGCACUGAGCAGUUUAUAGAGAACAUUGUUUAGUUAAAGGCCGCUUCAGGGUUUGUUUGUUAUGGAUCAAAUUGUUGUUGUUCUUUUGCCUUUUUCUUAAUUUUGAGCUUUUGGUUGAUUUACAAAUUUUACAUGUCAAAUUCUAUCCGUAGGAUUUGGGGAGUACUAGUAAAUCUGAGCUGUAUACAUUGGAUAAAGCUUAAAGUGUGAAAUUGGAUAAAUUGCCUCAUGUGGGGUCACUGAUGACGUCAAGUUUGACAGUAGAAGAAACCUGGAGGUACGGCGUUAGAGAGCUCGCUAGCUAACCAGACCUCUGGAGGCCACUCUUAUCUCUGCUGCAGGCUACAUUAGCCGCGCUAACACAACUCAUCUGAAGUAACAAAGGGGGGGGGGGGGGGGGGGGUUCGCUGAGCAAUGCUUUCAUUUCAGGCUGUUGUUCCUAUUCACAUAUGAGAAAGGGACACUUUCCCCACCCAGAUUUAUCCUGUCGCUGCGGGGGGGGUUCCAGUCAAACUCUUGCUUUUCUCCCCUUUAGGCACCCUACUGCCUGCAUUGUGGGUAAUGUAGACCCCAGUUUUUUUCUAAACUAUCCAUGUAAAAAAAAAAGCACAGCUUUCAGGAUGACACAAUACUGUUAGACUUAGAUCAUGGUGCACACUGUACAAGGUUGCCGGUUUUUAAAUUUUAUAAAACAAAAAGCAUGGCAUCGUUUUUUUGUCCAGCUCUGACUACGUGAGCAGCAUAACAGAGUGUUUUCUGCGUGGCUGUACGACGGGUAAUGUUAGACAGCCAAUGGUAGAAGCAUGCUGUGUGCUUAUUGGCUCACUGUCGCUGAUGAGCUUUACACCUUAGGUGUGCUGGAUACUUCAGAAGCAUCCGGUGCCUAAAAAGUAUUGAAUUCGCCACCCGGCCCUAUGUUUGAGUUCUGCCUGUUCAGGAAACCAAAUCCACAGCUAAGACAGAAACAGAACCAAUUCGUUUUCAUUUUGUAAUUAAUUAAUUGUUUCAUUCAUUUUAUAACUUUACAGUUAAAUGUGCUGUAGGUAGGAUUGUGAAGAUCCAGGACUUAGCUAAAAAAUGUGAACUUCUGCUAAUUUUCUGCUAAAGCACAAAAUGGUCUCCUAAGCCCCUCCCCCUUAAGAAAGAAUGAAUGCGCGUGCACGAGCAGUGAUUGACAUGCAGUUAGACACCCCCUUGGCCCUGAUUGGUGCAUCUCAACAGGGAGCUUUGGAUUUUUGCAAAUCGACCCACAGGCUCUAGGUGACGCCAGAGGAGCCCGAUUUAUUUUUACCUGCUUCAUGUAGUUCUACUCGAACAUGGAGUCAGUUUCAGCAACUAUAACAGAGAGUUAGUUUUAUAAAGCUUACCUACUGCUCCUUUAAUCUGCUGUAGCAGCAAGCAGAUCUUUCUCCUAUACGAUUGGCCUAAUUCCCCAGCAGAGGUCCUUGUGGAUUUAUCUGCCAGCACUGGGAUUGCGAAAAAAAAAUCUUUCAAAAGCUCAUGCAAUAAACACACAGUCACUGAAAGCUUAAUAAUCAUAAUUUAAAAAUCACAUCAUUUUACUUGACCUGUUUGAUGAAAUUGAAAACAAUAAGCAGACAGAGUCCUCGUGGACUUUUGAGACAGAAUGACUGAAGGUUGAAAAGCACAUUUCUCCUCUGUAGCCUACAGUACAUAAAUGCAGCCUUAUGUUAUUUCUAAGGGAUGUCGUCCUAUAGAAGUUCUUUUGCAGUGUCUCCCUCAUCCAGUGAAGCCUUUGUUUACUCAUCACCAUCUCAUGGACUGGCAUGAUGUGAUGUGUACUGACAUAUACUGAACAGAAAGCUACCUCAGUUUGUUUCAUGGACCGAAAUACCCUCCACCUUUUCAUCGGAUGCACGUUUUCUGUCACACAGGCAACGCAUGGACUCAGCUCCCUGGACCUGUUUUUGUAAGAAACUCAAUUAGAUCAACAAAAUGCAAUUUCCAAAUAUGAAAUGAAAAAUUCUAUUAACAAAUCAUGUUCAGUUUACUCUAAAGGAAACACUGACAUAAUGAUGUGCCAAACCAAAACUUUGUUUUUUUACUUACAUUUUAAUUAUGUACUUGUGUUCUCAAGAAGACCUUUUCCAUGUUAAUUAAUUGAACUCCCUUUGCAUUUUAAUUUUGGCAGUCGGUUUUAAACCUGUGAACACAAAACGGAUUCAUGCAUUUUGAUUUGUCACACAUCACGCACAUGCAUAGCUGCUCCCGACUCCCACGCACCUGUUUUUCGUUCAUCUGGCCCUUGGAUUAAACAUUUUGUCAGUAAAGGAAAGUGUAUUUAAAGGAGCCAUUUCAGCAGAAGGAGUUUGGUCUGCCUUGAGAUUUGUUUGAUCUCAGUGUUAAAGCCGAAGACGAGGUGCUGUCUUAAGGGGAAUAUAUAUUCCGCAGGUGCUCCAGUCUAAUUGGUCACUGUAGGAAGUGUAUCAUGAAUAAGACACAUCCACAGACUCCCUCCGUCCCUCCAUCCCUCCAUCCCUCUAUCCAUAACUCUUAAAAGCUGCUUUCUCUGUUUUGUUUGCCUUAAAGAGAAUAGAUUUCUAUUUUUGUCUUUAUUUCAACGUCAUCGCCCGGGACAUUGUUUGGGUCUGUACUCUGUCUGUGUGUGUGUCUUUGUGUGUGUGUGUGUGUGUGUGUGUGUGUGUUCUUUUUACACUAUUCAGUAAUAACGUGUCAAUAGCAGUUACUGUGCUUCUACUAGGACAGUGUCAUUGUCCAUCCUCCCGAGCUGAUCAUUUCUUGGAUAAAGUCUUUGCGUCCAGCGGCAGGAAACAUGGCUGACUGACCGCAGAAAGCGACUUUGGAUCCUUGAAAAGCGCUUUACACGUUCAAUUCAUUAUUGUUGAUCGCCUCGUGGUUGUAUAUGAAGGCAUCAGUUGUGACCGUGCUAUGUAAAAGGAGUCAAUGUAAAAAGACCACAACACUCAUCAAAAAACAUUUCCCAUUGCCUUAUCUUUGUUUCUCAGUCACUGUAGGAAAACUCUUUCUGUUUCUUCAUUUUUUGCCUCAGCUUGUUUUCAUCUUGCAUUCCUAUGAAUUGGCCCACAAAAUAAGCUAUGGGUCUGAAUAAGACAGGCACACUAAAGUGAUUUACACAUUUUUGAAGGUCUGGUUUGAUUCUUUUCGGGUGUUAUUGUAGGGAGUCACAUUAGCAAAAUGGCAAACACCAGGAAUAUAACACAAGCAUCAGGGAUAUAAAACAUGCCUCAUAAAUUCACUCAUAACAAUCACACAUGCAGCCAUGUUCAAGACAUUUAUAACACAUAUUUAACAGUAUGCCUUAAAUAGUGUCAUGAUCCAUUUUUUCAAUAUACUAAUUCAGUUACCAAUGUAAAAAAAGAAGAAAGGAAAGGAAAAUUCCUGCCUCUGUAAUUGUUCCCCAUCCAACACAACAGGAGCGGGCACGUCUUCGGUCACAAAGUGUCAAGCCAGUGAGGGAUCAUGGUCUUAUUGCUGCACUUCUACUGGUCCGUUGGGUUCGAGAUCGUCGUAUGAGUCAUUUAUUUUGUAACGGUUGUAUGUGUCAUUGAGAAAGGCUCCGAACUAUGCCUGCUCUGUUAAUGAGGUAUGAGGAGACGUGUGGCUGUCUGCACAGCGGCUAGUGUCUGUGGCUCUCUGAAAUGUGGACAGACCUUCUUGCCUGUCUUCAUUCAGCAGCUGGACUGGAUCUGAGCUCUGCUGUCGAGGUCCGGACACAGCAGCCGAGCACAGCAACUCUCAGCUCACGGCUGGGUAACCAGAGAAAAUGACUUUAGUUUGGAUCGUCAGGGUAAGAUCUGUGGAGCAGCGCCAGCUACAGAUGAGAUUAUUCCGUUUUAGUACAAGCACAGUAACCAACAGGUGAACAUCGCUAGGAUCCCAGUCCCACUUGUAUAAUCAUUGUGUACAGAUGUCUGUUUAGAGAGAUGGUUGAACAUGGAUACCACAGAUAGUGAACUGUAAAUAAAUGUAUGCAAAGUGUACACGCUAAAAAAAGAACAUUCCUCUCUUUUCGAGUCCUGACUGUGAAGGGUGUCUUUAGAGGUUUGAAGCCACCAUGAUGGAUGUAACUAUGACAAUAUACUACAGAGAAAGAAAAAAAAAAACGAUAGAUGUGGUGUAUGUGGUGUAUUUAAAAAAAAAAAAAAAAA